CUCAAUAGUUUCACUGCCCGCGACCAAACUUUUGGCGAAUGGACGCCGUUCACUGGUUUGCGACUGGCGUAAGAUUUUACCACCAUUUUUGUUGACAAGUAGGCAAAGUUCGACAGAUAAUUUCACCCCCACGUAAUCAGCGAUGACUUCGGAAACACUGCGGAGGAAUAGGCAGGUGGAUCUGGACCAGCUUACGAAGGACUUCACGAAGUGGCAAGGGCACCAAGAUUUGGUCCUCCAAAACAGCAACUUGAACCAGGAAUUGAAGGACCUGCUAGAUCAACGAGAACAGGACAGGAUAGCAACAAAAGCUACCGAGGACGAGCUGAAGCAGCUCCGUGGGAUCAUAGGCAGCCUGCAAGACACCUUGGCCCAGAGAUGUGACUUAGAAGAUGAAAACAAGAGUCUUAAAGAAAAAGUUGACAGAAUGGAGGAGAAAGUCAAAACCCUGAAAGAGGAAGGCCAGACAGCUCUCGUUGAAGUUGAGGCACGCUUGGAGCAAGUCCACUCGGAAGACAAGAUGCAGAUGCAAGAGGCUCAUCACAAGCAAGUCAAGCAAAUGGAGGAGCAAGCUAGGGCCCUUCAGCAGGCGGUGAGAGACAAGUCGGCCGAGAUCAAGCAGCUGCAACAACAGCUGGCUGAGGCUGAGAAGCACCGACAGACAGACAUAGUCAAACUCAGACUGGAGUAUGACGCCAAACUCCUGAAGUUACAGAGUGCUAGGAGUAGUCUCCAACGCAGCAGUGACAAGCCCAGCUCAGCCAGUAGCCUCAUCUUCAGGGAGAAAAUGCUGAAUGCCCAGGCUGCGUCGGAGAGGGAGGUUUUGUCGCUGCGGCAGACAGUCGGCGAGCUCAAGAGAAAGCUGGAUAACAGGCAACCACCUCCCAACGCUAAGCGUAAACACUGAGUGCAAACCAUAUGGGCUGCUAAGCGGAACAAGAUUGCUUAGCAUAUCUAAUAAGCAAAUAUUGGCCGAGAUCCACUGUUCGUGAUAAAAGACUGUGCCAAGCAAUGAAUGGAAUAAGGGCCCAUGUGAGACCUCACUGUUUCAUAGUUACUUUCCUUUUAGCUAGAAAACCCAAACUUUUUCCUACUUUUUUUGCUAACAAAGUUUCUUCCAAGAGUUCAAAAGAAGUUCAUUCACCCAGAAAGAUGAGUCUGCAGUUGCAUAUUUGCUAUUUUGUUUAGUUGAGAUCAAAGUUUACGAGUUCAUGCAUGAUAAGAAUGUUUGUUCAAGCGGAAAUAGAUAUGAACUAUUGCAUUGGCUUAAAGGCAAUAUACAACAUUUGCAAACAUCCAAAAGCAAACUACCAAAUUGUGAUAAAGUGCCUUACUUGACUGUAAGUCAAUAAUAGUCUCGAGCAACCUGUGGAAUCACGGCACCUGGUGUACUGUCAUUUUCAAGAAAAAUGGAACGUUUGUAUCAAUUUCCAACGAUGGUUGGCUGACCAUCGUUGGAAAAAACAAAUACUUUCAAAUACUUCCCUUAAUUUACCAAAUUUAGUUGGUCCACAUUUUGUUUCCAAUCG